AUGAAUCCUAUAGAAGUAUUGUGUAAUGGUACAAGACUCUUUUGCAAGAACUUUAAUAGAAAUGUUAUCCGGGCAGAGAUAGCUUUUGGUGAUUAUGCUGGGAAAGAGGUGUUUAUUCAUAGAAUACCAUUACAACCAGCUAUAGGAGAAGGCUACACAGUGCCAUUCAAAAGAACACAAUUUCCAAUCAAACUAUGCUUUGCAAUGACUAUAAAUAAAGCACAAGGACAAACACUAGACAUUGUGGGCGUAUACCUUAAAGAACCUAUAUUUUCACAUGGACAGCUAUACGUUGCCCUGUCCCGUGCUAGAAGAAUUGAAAGUGUUAAAGUGGUUAUAAAAAAAAUCACAAAAAACUCCACACAGAAAAAAGACAAAAAAAUAUUGUAUAUCAAGAAGUAUUACAAUGUUCCAAACACAACUAAAGGUAUAUCUACAAAGAAAACACAUGUUACAUACAACAGGCUUAAUCAGGAACAUGAUUCAGAAAUGAUGAAGGAACGAAAAUUGUUCCUUCAGAAGUGA